CCCGUGAUCAAGGCCAGAUCCAUCACUUGGCAUCUUGACAGCAAGAGCCAGAGAUCGCUCCCCGCCCUUGCUCUGAAAUCUGACCUAAAUCUGCAUCAUUAGAUAUAAAUUGGCAUGUUGCAGAAUUGUGCCCUGAAAUGUUUAGGUCACCAGCGAUACCCCCACAGCUUCCUAUGUCCCAGAGGAGGGGCCCAUACUUAGUCAGGAGCAGAUUCCCUUGUUUGGCAGCCCAGAAGGUCACACCUUCGAUCCCUGCAUCUCUGGGAGCAGGUGCUGGGAAAGAUGGGCCCUUCUCUGCCCUAGACUCUGGACAGGCACUGCCGGUCAGAGCAGACUGUACAGGGUUAGCUCAGGAGGUGUGCAACCUGUGGUUCCUCGGCCUAAUUUCAUACGGCUCUCUGAGAGGCGCUCUGUACCUGCUUGGCUUGCCCAUCUGACCGACGGCUCGGCUGCUCAAGUCCGCAGUCUUGAAUCCAAAGGGCCAGCGGAGGGGCCUUGUCCUUUCGUCGGCAGCGGCACCCGAGGCACUGGGUGAAGACGAAGGACACCGGGUGCAGCACCCAGCUUUGCCAGCCAAGAUCUGGGGGAGGAGGAAGUCCAGAAGGAAAAGGUGGGUGAAGAUACAGGAAAGGUGGUGGGGCAGCAAGCUGCAGUGCAGACAGGGGGUCAUUCUCCCCCAUGAAACCCCUGGAUUAGGGGAGGGGAACUUUUGCAGGAUUCCAACUGCCAGCAGCCCCAGCAGCAUGGCUAAUGGUCAUGGGGCGAUGGGAGUUGUAGUGUUGCAGGGCCUGACAGAUCCCCUACACCUGAGGCUGAAACAAAAGGGUUAGGUGAGAGAACCUUCCCUCUUGCCAUUUCUACAUUCUAGACCCCUCUCCAAAUCUGUAUUUGUUUUGUGUUUGGGUAUCUGAGUGUAUCAUGCAGUUCACCCCUCAAGGGGGCACCACAGUUUAAGUGGAAAACAUGGCUGCCACAAGUGCAUUGUGGGUAAUACUCUUGAGAAAAUGGAGGUAAGAGUCGAAAAUUGCUGGAACGCUUCAGAGUAGAGUGCAUUAACAUUUAUUAGCAUUAGUAAACCGGAACCUGAGGAGACUGUCGAUAUUUUUGUUCUUUCAGGUCGGUUCUUAAAAGUGCCUCGUUUCCUUGGCUUUUAAUUAAACGGCUCCACUAUCCAGCCAGGAUGGGCAACUUCAGGUCUGAAGGUAGCUUUCAGGCAUAGGAGCCAACCCUUACGGACCAAAGUCCCUUUGUCUCCCCCCAUAAAAUAUUUGAGGGGGCUGGGCCCCCCAAAGUUGAUGCUAUAUUGCUCUCGGCAAGUGUCUCUAUUUUCCAGGGACAGUCCCAGGUUUGCAGAAGCCAUCCAGGUUUCUGAUUUGAUCCUAGAAUGUCCCACUUUUACUUAGGACGUCCCUACUUUCACUGGAGAAAUGUUGGAGGGUGUGCACCUUCCACUUUUGCCUCUGAAACCCUGGGAGACCUGGGAUCUUCCCUUCCCUUCCGACGGAGGGAAAUCAUCCCUUAUUAUCUUCAGCCCCAAUAAUGCCCCUUUGCUUGCCUGGAGGGAGGAUAGAGAAAGGUGGGUGUGCAAAUGAAGCUUUGAUGCCCCCCCCUGCCACUUUUCCCUCUGGCACUGCCAACCACUGGCCAGUGGCUCCUGGAAGGUUGUCUAGAAGGGAAUGCAGCCCUUAAGAAAAGGCUCCCCACCCCUGGCUUAGCAUUACCUUCCAACGUGACGUGGUGGGAAAUUUGGGUGCAGCUUUCUCUUCGGACCAGAAGUGUCUCAUUGGACGAAAGAUCUGUUUGGGGAACAGGUGGGAGAAGAAUGAAAUUCGAAAGGCACUUCCUUUAUUAUUAGGACUAAGGAAAAGGCCACAAAAUAGUGGCAAGGUUUUUAAGUUGUAUUCAUUCAACUUGUUUUUAUUAUUGCUUGUUAGCCGCCCUGAGCCCGGCCUUGGCUGGAGAGAGCGGGGUAUAAAUAAAAAUUAUUAUCAUUAUUAUUAUUAUUAUUAAGGUUUGUGGGUUUCUUGGAACUCUUCCCCAGCCAAAGAUGUUACAGAAAGGAUUGGGGGGUGAAGUGGGCUUUGGGGAGAUAAGGAACCUAAAACGGAUACAAACAUUAGGCUUGAUUCUGCAGACAUAAAGUCACCUCAGUUCCAAGGUUGAGGUUGCAGGCUGUAUAUGUCCCUCCCAGGGCCAAAUUAAGACCUUUUAGAGACCCAAAGCACUUAAAAGAUUAUGCUGGCCCGCACCAUAUUGAUUCAAAAUAAAAAGCAAUAUUAUACUUUAUAAGAAAAAAAAAGGAAAAAAAGAAAGCAUAGAUUUAUUGCAGCACAUGACGGGAUCUGAACUCCUCACAUUAUUUUGAUCUAGAUUAGUAGGAAUACCCCCUGGAGAUAAGUAAUAAAAAGAAAAUAGAAAAAUUGGGGGAAAGUUUGUAGUGGAGUGUAAGGAAGCCUAACAAAGUUGUGAUUUUCCCCUUGAUGGGAGGUAUUCCUACUAAUCUAGAUGAAAAUAAUGUGAGGAGCAGUGUGGAAGUGAUAUUAAUUUGGGAUUGCCAGCAGGUGUGUAACAGUUGCUGGUCUCAAUAAAUGUCCCCCAGUUUUGGUCACUCUCCCCAUUCCACAGAUGGGACUACCAAGGCUGAAAGUGAGCAUUUUGCCCAACAUCUCACAGCAAUUCCUUGGCAGAGGGAGGAAUUUGAACCCACAUCUCCAAGCUUCCGACGCAUCAACACUAGGUAUGUUGAGCUUUUCAGACUGAGCUGUUUGCUCCUGUCGAUCUCAGUAAAAAUGUCUGCCAAAUUGAAAAGAUGGACCUUUCCCCCCGCAUGCUAGAAAAAACUUCACAUGCUGCAUUUCUGUCUGUUGGGCGGCUCAGACAGCCAUAAAAACAGGGCUUAAAAAAAAAAGAAUUAGCAGCAGCAACUUUUAUCUCAGUUUAAUUAGCGGUACUUGGUGAGUCAAAAGGAAAAGGAAGAUUAUGGUUAGGUGAGUUUAUGCAGAGGCUUAAGUAAUUUCAGAAGCUGUGCAUUCUGACCCAUAAGCCCCUCACUAUCAGUGGUAAGUGGUGAAGGAAAAGACACUCUGUACAUGCUUUAAAGGUAAAGGGUAAAGGGAUCCCCGACCAUUAGGUCCAGUCGUGGCCAACUCUGGGGUUGCGGCGCUCAUCUCGCUUUAUUGGCCGAGGGAGCCGGCGUACAGCUUCUGGGUCAUGUGGCCAGCAUGACUAAGCCACUUCUGGCAAACCAGAGCAGCACAUGGAAACGCUGUUUACCUUCCCACUGGAGCGGUACCUAUUUAUCUACUUGCACUUGAUGUGCUUUCGAACUGCUAGGUUGGCAGGAGCAGGGACCGAGCAACGGGAGCUCACCCCGUCGCGGGGAUUCGAACUGCCGACCUUCUGAUCGGCAAGUCCUAGGCUCUGUGGUUUAAGCCACAGCGCCACCCCCGUCCCUUGUACAUGCUUUAGGGAACUGAUAUUCCAGGGCAGCCUUGGCGUUGAAAGCAGAUCCUGGAGCCAAGGCCCAGUGCCGAUCAAACCCCUGCCUUGGGGUUGGGAUAAGUGGGCAGGUCAAGGUGAGGGAUGCAGAAGUGGGGUGGGAAUGAAGACUCACUGAAAUGUUGCCCCCCACUGGACAGAUCCGGCAGUUCCAUCAUUUCCCAAGCUUCAUGCGCCUGCCUCCUUGUGCCAGCUGCGAUCCUGGGGGGGCUGUCCAACCGGAGCAACCGGAGCGUGGCAGAGCCCACUUCCUGGAGGGCCCGCUCCCUGCAGCUGCCGGAGGAGACAGAACAGGCAGAGAUCAGCUACAGGUUCUACAGCUUGCCAAUGUCGCUUGGGGAAGGGCAGAUCACAUGCUUUGCAUGCAGAAGGCGCCGGGUUCAACCCCCGAUGGCAUUUCCAGCUAGGGAGAGAUGCUGCCAGCCAGUGUGGACAUUACUGAGCUAGAUGGCCCAAUGGUCUGAGUUGAUAGGAGGCAGCUUCAUAUGUCCCUCUGCUGUUGCAAUGCCACUUCUGUUUGAGCUUUCAAAACCACACAAGCACAGCAUGGGUUUCAUUAGCGGGGGAAACGUCUCUCACCCUUGCAGGAGAGGUAGCUUGUGCAAAAAGGCACAGGUAUGAAUCUGGGAGAAAUAAGGUUCAAUUUGCAUUAUCGCAGGAGCCUAUCUAAUUUGGGUUUCCUGAAACAAUAUGUGAAACAAAUCUUAUGACACCUUCUUUCCUCCAAAAAGUUCCUUUUAUCUUCACAACAUCCCUGUGAGGUAGGUUAGGGUGAGAGGCAGUGAUUAGCUCACAGUCACCCAGUGAGCUUCAUAGCUGGGCUGGGAUUCGAACUCUGGUCUCCCCGGCCCUAGUCCAACAGUUCUCCAACAACAACAAAAUUGCACAAAACUGUAUUAGGGGAAAGUGUGCAGCAAAAUGCACACAUCUUGGUGAAAAUGGUAUACAAAGCCGCACUGAUUUUAGGACAAAGUGCUUGCAGAGAUUUGUAUGUUAGGAGAAAUGUGCAGUAAAAGCUGGCUGUUUUUAUGAGGAAUUUUUCAAUAAAUUGCAAACUGCUGGAGAAAUGUUGCAAACUGAAGAUUAGAAAAAUGAGAAGCUGAGACAAAAUGGGGCAGACUCAUCCGUCCCAUAGGCACAGGAGCAAUCUCUUCUGAGGUUGCCAACAACAACAAAACAAUAUAGCCCUCCCUGCUCUUCUGCUUUUAACAGCAGCUUGACAGGCAAGGGAUUAGCAGGGGAUGCAUUCCCCCUUUAAUAUCUGCCAAUAAAGCUGCCAUAACAAAACGGAGGAGCAAAAGCUGGCUGGGAAACUGGCAUCCAGUUCACUGAACAAGCAGGAGCCUAAACAAACCGAGAGAAACAUCCAUUGUUUCCAAUGCCUAUUGUUACUCAGAUAACCUGCUGAAUACAUCCCUUUCUAAAAGGAUUGUGCUUUCCCUUCCACCACAACUCUGUCCUCCAGAAUGAGCCUCCUCUCUCUGUUUUAGCUCACCUCCUGGCACCACACAGAGGUAUGACAACAACAAAUUUCAGGUGGCCUUUUCUGUCCUCUCUCUGCAACGCAGUUCUCCACCUUCGAAUUUAGCUACACAAUCCUCCUCAGCCAAAUUAAUUUAAUUUUUAUAAUUUAUUUUAAUAAUUUUAAUUUUAAUGAAGCAGAACAGGCUAAGGAGGCCAUUUUGGAUCUGGAAGGGGCUCCUGGAUUUCUAACAGCCUGAGUGACAUCGAAACAGCCAAAAGUGACACAGGUAUAGAGGGAGCUGCCCUCUACUGAGUCAGGCGACUGGUCCAUCCAGCUCAAUAGUGUCAACACUGGCUGGCAGCAGCUCUCCAAGGUUUCAGGCAGGAGAACCUGGAGCCUUCCCCGAAUUAAUAUUGGGGAGUGAUUCAGGGGCAAAGCCACCCAAGCAAACAUCUGGAGUUCAGGGGGGCUGACUAGUUAACUAGCUACUCCUUCCUUGAAGGUUUUAAAGCAGAGGUUGAGUGGCCAUCUGUCAUGGUUGAGAUCCCUGCAUUGCAGGGGGUUGGACUAGAUGGCCCCCAGGGGUCCCUUUCAACUCUACAAUUCUAUGACAGCAUCCCUGACAGCCUGUGCCCAGCCUCUCCAGCAAAGAACAGCAUACCACCUCCCAAGGAGGACGCCUGUUCCACGGUCAAAGAGUACUUAUGGUUAAGGCGUUUCCCCCUAACAUUUAGCCGAAAUAAUCCUCUUUGCAAACAGUACAGGCAAUUAUCUUUCCCGCCAAGCUGGUGCUGCUGACCAGCAUGGCCAUGGUUGCUUUAACAUCCCUUAAAAUUGUUACUGUGCUCACAGGAGAAAAGCAGGAAGCAGGUCCUUGGUCCAUCUAACUCAAUACUGCCUACACUGACUGGCUAAGAUUUCUUCCCUAACAAUGAUCCUCUGUCUAGGUGAUAGGUAUUCUACCUUUUGCACAAGCCACAAGGUGGUUUAUAGCAACGCAACCAUGCUGGCUGUCCCACAAGGACUGGACUAGUUGGUCUGCAUUGAAGCAAGCUGAGCUAGCAGAAAGCGGCAGGGAUAAGUUUGAAUUGAUUCCUCCCAACGAGAGCCCUUUUCGGACACAGUCCUAUAUGCCUACUCACCUGGGAGGAAGUCCCAUUGAACUCAUUGGGGCUUACUACUGAGGAAUACAUGUGGGAUUGGACUGUUUUUGUUGGCUGUAGCAACAGCAAGGGGAAAGACCCAGAACUCUUUUAUUAUGCUUUUAGAUGUGCUGGAAGCCGCCCAAAGUGGCUGGGGAAGCCCAGCCUGAUGGGCGGGGUAAAAAUAAUAAAAUUAUUAUUAAUAUUAAUCCUCACCUCCCUUUCUUAUAGAUGCCAGCCCCACUGGGGAAGGGCUGUGGCUCAUUGGUAGAGCAUCUGCUUUGCAUGCAGAAAAGCCCAGAAUCAGUCGUGCUGGACAUCUCCCUGUACGGCUUGCAAUGUCCCCUGCCUUGAAACCCUGGAGAGCUGCCAAUUCGUGUGUUGGACCAGUGGCCUGACUCAAUAUAAGGGAGCUUGCUGUGUUCCCAUUGCAUUUGGUAGGGCUUACUUCUGAGUAGGCACAGUUAGGACUGCACUUUAAAAGACUGCAGCUGCAAAUCCUUUGCAAACUUUGUAAGCCCCUUUCCAACGCAGCAGAGUUUGCUUCCAAGUAAACACCUGUGGGAAAAUGCUGCACAAGCUUGUGCUGGAUCAGACAAAAGGGCUGUCUAGUCCAGGAUCCUGCUCCCACCACUGGCCAGCCUUUGGGACCCUAACAAGCAUGUUACGAAGGCAAUGGCCAUUCCCUGAUGUUCAUCCCCAGCAGCUGGCAAUGUCCUAGGAUAGCUUGCCCCUGACCAUGGGAGAUCAAUUUAGCCAGGAUGUCUAAGACUCAUCUAUGGUCCUCAAGAAGUUGUCUAAUUAAUUUUCAUUCUUAUUAUUAAAAGGCAGCCACCGGUGACAUGAAUUGUGGCAGAGAGGUCUGUGAGUUAACCAGGUGCAAUGGAAGCAUGGGUUCUGUCUGUUCUGAAACCUCUGCCAAGCUGGUUGUGGGAAGAGUAACAAUUGCUAGCAAAGUAUCUCUGUUUCCACAUUCUCUGCAGUAUGCAUCAUUUCAAAAAUCUCUGCCGUGUCCCAUGUAACUUUUCCGCAUAGGGGAACGUACGAAGCUGUACCGUACUGAGUCAGGCCAUUGGCAGGCUGGCAGCAAGGGGUCUCCCCCAGCCAUACCGGGAGAGGUGCAAGACUGAAGGGGGGAAAUGACUGAACCUAGGAGCUUCUGCAAUGAAAGCAGAUGCUAAGACGCUCAACAGGAUCUCAACCCUGGGACCAUCUGCAUGCAAACUUUCCCUACUCCCCUGAUCACACAAUCUUCUUCGUUACCCUAAAUAACAACCCUCUUCCCACCUGUCAUCACAUCCCAACGGACCAGCCCCACACCCCACAUUUCCUUCAAGACAACACACAACACUCCCCCCCCCAACACCCAUUUUAAUCAUCACAACAAACUUGCUAGGUACGCUGGGCUGGGGGGGGGGGGAGCCUAGCUAGAGAGGAAGACUGACCCCAAGCCACCCAGGGAGCCUCAGACUUUAGGUGUAGGACAGGUAUUAAAUCAGAGCCUCAGGUCCAGCCACCGCACCAGAUAGUAUUCCCAAAUUGCAAGCACAAAAGGAUCUGGCCAGCUGCUUACCUCUCAUUGAGGGUAACGACAGACGACUCGAGCGGCUGUUCUUCAUCAAGGCUGGACUCCCGGAGGAGGGCGAAGGACCCCCACGACGACACCCCUGUCAGCAACCCACUCACAAGCACCAGGUGGAACAUGGCGCACGCCAGGAGGGUGCCACGCCAAGCCAGGCGGGCAAAGCCAGGGGGGAGAGAACAGCGGGGGUGCAGGGUAGCCUAGCCUGGCCAAGAAUGCCAGCUAGACUAGGCGGGCGAAACUGGCUUGGGCAGAGCAAGGAUGGAAGCAGAGGGACUGUGAGAACCCACUUUUAUCUGCCUCUCCCCCAACACUGCCGUGACCUUGGCAUUUUUCACAGGCAGGCUUGUGCCUUCCCUCAGAGGAAUUGGAGAGGCAGCAUCACGCGCCAGCUUCUGGGGGCCGUGUCCCAGCAUUCGCCCUCCCACAAAAAAACCCUACCUUGUGUGGGGCGGGGGAAUUAAAACCAGGAGCUGAGAUUCAGCGUCAGAAGAACAUGCUUGAAAUAGCCCAACUGAGUUCUGGAAGGGUGGGCAAAGGAACUUCUGGGCAUAAGCAGAGUGCUUUAAAAAAAUAACAAAAACCAAACAUCUGCACCUGGUGCAGGUCCCAUUCCUUUCAGUGGGGGCUGUGUGGGAGAACAUUUCUGGUGCACUGGACCUGUUGGAUUCCAUGGUGGCGGCUUUAAAACCUUGUAUUUUACCUCAGCCUGGGUGUUUCAGAGGCAAGAUUGUGUCUCGCUGCAUUAAUGAACCCAAGAACAUAGGCCUCCUGCUACCCUUAGGGGCUGGCUGCCCGCUGGGGGUGUCUCCUGGGCUAUGCCUCCACCCAUCGUGAUUCAGAGCAGGCCUCUUCUCCACUCCUGCCACGGCCUUUGAUUGACAGUUCAGCCGUCAGAUAAGGUUCAUUUGACACCUUCAUUCACCCCUUUUUCCCUGAAAGAAAAGGGGUGCCAUUUUGUGGUUCACCUCAGGGGCCAAAUGUCUUCCGCCAGCCUUGCUUCAGCUGCUGUCACUGAGGAUGUGGGCAGGAAGCAAGGCAGUGCGAAGGCCAGCAAGCUCUGAGGUUCUGCGUAGACGGCCUAUUUCUGGGGUACAUGCCUCUGCUCCCACCUCAAAAAGCUGUAGCUCCUACACAGAGGCAGAAUAAAGCAGUAAGGAGGGCUGGCUGUCAGGCAGGCAGGCAAAAAACCCAAUGCCUUUUCCUUCCCCCAGUUGUUACUGCUUGAUGGGUCUAUUGAGCAGGACUAACAAUGGCUACAACCCUUGGACUGCACAGCCCUUCACAAGAGGGUUCAGAGCCUUCAGAGAGAGGACUGUCCUCUGCAAAAGGGAAUGUUCUGACUCUGCCCAUCACUUUAAAUUUCCCACAAUGCACCAGAGACCACUAAAUAGAAUCACUCUGGGACGUUGUCGUAAAUGUAAGAAUACGAAAAAUGAAGAAAGACUCACUUAGAAAAAAGAAGUUUAUUACAAUCAUUUUUGUUAUUUAUUUAUUCAUUAGUGGGGUGGGGGGGGAAGCUUUUUCAAUUUGCAUAUAAGAGUCAAAUCUUAAAUCUGAUGUAAAUAUUUAUGGAUAAGUUGUUUAGUGUUUGCAGAUUACUUUAAAACGGAGACAAUCCAACACUAUUUAUCUUCAGUUCUGACUGAAUGAAUUACAUAAUUCAUACCUGGCUCAUUGUUGUUUUCUUUUUAUUUCCAGAAAAGGAAAAUUUAUUGCAUUAUCAUAUUGUAUGUGUGUGUGUGUGUUGCACCUUUAAAAAAGUGUUUUGCAGUUUCAGUGCAUGAUGAAAGUACUCCAGUUUUCAAUAAAAAGAUUAUUUCAUUGCUUUUGUAAAGCCCACCACUUUUGACUUUCCAUGAGGCCACAGCACAUCCUGACCACCUUGAUGAGACGCCUUCAGACCUAGAGGCAGCCCUGGCUGCUAUAACCCCAUCAAUUGCUAUUAGCCACAACAAACCCGCCUUGUCCAGAGGCAGUGUGUCCUGUGUACGUGAUGGAUGCGAAUAACAAAACCACAGGUGCUGCUUGUGAGAAGGACACACUGUUGGAGGUAAAAAGAUGAUGGGCUAGAUGGGCCUUUGGUCUGAUCCAGCCAAGGAAGGUUUUUUUGUUUAAAUUGCUUAAAAUGUUUACUCAGUAGAUACAAAGAUCAAGCUUUGCAAAAAUAAUAAUAAAAGAGGACAAAGAAAAAUAUAUUUACAGUAACUGUAAGACAUGUUUGCAUCUUGUCAUAUAAUUUGAGAGCACAAUCAAUCGUGUCCUUCACUCCAAAAUUCAUUGAUCCUCACCAAGUCCUCCUAAAAUAUGUUAUUUUCCAGAUUUUAGCAAUGAAGAUUUUUUUUUGCAGCUGUUAAUAAGUUAGCUAGCUAUUAUUUUUGAAUCUGCAUCUAAUACUUGAAUCUUUCAAUGACCCAGAAGCAUUUUUUAUUUUUUAUUUUUUUGCAUCUAGAGGUAGUGAAUGUCCUCCUAGCCAAGGUUGCUUUUAAGUGUGUGGGGUUUUCCCUUUCAUUCCUUAUUAAAAAUAAACCCAAGAAACAGUGCCCGCUUUCAUCUGACAGGUUGGGGGGUGAGGAGGAGACCUCGACUUCUCUUUUCUCUUUCCCCUUUUCUCCCUCUCCUAAAAGCGAGACAUUCCUGCGUUAACAGGGAACUCUUGUCUCCUUAGCCUAUAAAUAGCGUCCCAGGUUGACUUGGGGAGGGGGGGCGGUAUGUGUGCAUGAAAAAAAGUGUGUGCAGGAUGGGGGGAGCAACAUGACCGAACGGUGGAAUCUGCUAGGAGAUUAGCCGUCCGCAGACACAGCACACUGCACCUGCUCCCAAGGUCUUCACAUCAAGGGCUGAGGGUGGGAAGUGGGGGGAGUUGCUAACUGGACUGAAGCAUUAAAUUAGCUGCAGCCAUGGCUGGGCGAGGGGGGGCGGACAAAAUGGGGGACUAGUCUGCGGGUGCCUGGCUCUUUUGAAGUCAAUCCAGGCCCUUCUCUCUGAAUAGUCCCUUUUCUUUAAAUAAUAAUAAUAAAAGGAAUUAUCUAGCCCUUUGCGAUAAGGAUGGGCGAAGGGAACAGCGGUGCUGUCAGGACAGGGUUUAGAAUUGUAGAGUUGGAAGGGACCCUGGCGGUCAUCUAGUCCAACGCAGGAAUCUUUUUCCUGAACACGGGCCUCAAAGCCACAACCCUGAGAUCGAGAGUCUGCCGACUGAAAUAUCAAGAAUAGAAACAUAGGAAACUGCCUUACACUGUUAGGCCCUUGGUCCAUCUAACUUAGUAUGGUCUCCACUGACCAGCAGCACCUCUCCAGGGUUUCAGACAAGAUGUUCCCAGCCCCAACUCUACAGCUGGGACCUUCUGCAUUCAAAGCAGAAGUCCUGUCCCUGAGCUACAGCUCUUAUCCUCCAAACAGAGUCACAGUCACAUUUUCAAGUAGGACACCUUGAACUGGACUCAAGCCGGCACAAGGCUUUGGGGCUGGCAAUGACCCACAGUGCCACUCGCCAACGUGGCAGCUACAUUUGGCACCAUCUUCAAGGGCAGCCCCAAGUAGAGCACCUUGCAGCAGUCCAGGUGGGAGGUGAUGGGCACCUGCGGCCAGGAGCAGCCACAGCUAGGACACCAACCGUAAGUGAGCAGUUUGUCAGUUUGGGCACAUGGAGUUGUCCUUUCCGCUGAAAAGUCCAGAACCAGAGUCUGUUCCUCUGCAUCUUCUUGUCCUCAUCAUGUGAUUCACCUAACUGAGAAUCCGCUUGUAUCCAGAUGCAGGAAUAAGCUCUCCUACUUGGGAUGGGAAACCUGCAGCUAAGAAUGGGUGGAUCUGUUUGUUUUUGUUUCUUGUUUUUACAGUCUUAAACCCAACUCUCUAUAUUUCAACAUCAGUUUGCAAUUAUUUAAAGAGUCCUUGUUAAAAUUAUCUAUCAUUUGAGAGCAGAUUUCUCUUAAUGCUGUCAAUUUUACCUAAUGCACAUUUUUGCAAAGCUGCUACCCUUAAUAUGAGUGUGUUUGUUCUUUUCACUAAUACUGUACUUAAAAAAAAAUGACUUGAUUGAAUAACUGCAUUGCAAAAUACAGAGAAGUGUGAAUUUCACAGGGUGCAGAGGAGGCAAAAGGGAUGUCCUGGGGCUGAAUAUAUCCAUGAACUGAAACCCACAUGCCUAAUCGAUGAAAAUGCCUUUGUCUGGGUUGCAAGGGCCAUUCUCAUUUCUGCAGAACAGCUGCCAGAGGCAGAAGAGUCAGACUACUCCCCCCCCCCCCCUGCAAUUAGCUGGCAAUCUUGUGAACCACAUCCUCUCAGGGCCAAGCUUUUGCCUCUAAAAGUGUCUUGUUUUUAACACCUUAAGUGUGCAGUAAGUUUGUCUUUUCAAACUGAAAGUUGCAUCAGCUGGGGUUGGGGAUGAUAAAUUAGCUGGAUCGGGUGUUUGCACUGGGGAAAUUUCCACCCUGCACUCCAUUUAUAGAAUCAUAGCAUUAUAGAGUUGGAAGGGACCACAAGGGUCAUCUAGUCCAACCCCCUGCAAUGCAGGACUUAUUUAUUUUUGCCCAGUGUGGGGUUCAAACCCACGACCCUGAGAUUGAGAGUCUCAUGCUCUACCGACUGAGCAGUGGUACUACCUCUGAUCUUCCUCGGGAGCACACAAAGGGAGUAAGGGGUCAAACUGCCCUUUCCCUGCUUGCUCCUGAGCCCUCACUGCAUGAAGUGAAGGUGCAGGGAAUCAGGCAGAGGGGGCCUUCUUGGCAGUGGCACCUUUCCAUCGUAUGUCAAGGAGACAAAAGAACUACACAACUUUUAGAAGACAUCUGAAGACAGCCCUGUAUCAGGAAGUUUUUAAUAUUUGACGUUUUAUUAUGUUUGUACAGUAUAUUUGUUGGAGGGCAGGGUAAUAAUAAUAAUAAUAAUAAUAAUAAUAAUAAUAAUACAGUGGUAACUUGGGUUAAGAACUUAAUUUGUUCUAGAGGUCCGUUCUUAACCUGAAACUGUUCUUAACCUGAAGCACCACUUUAGCUAAUGUGGCCUUCCGCUGGCGCAGCGCUUCUGCUGCGCGAUUUCCGUUCUCAUCCUGAAGCAAAGUUCUUAACCCAAGGUACUAUUUCUGGGUUAGCAGAGUCUGUAACCUGAAGCGUCUGUAACCUGAGGUACCACUGUAAUAAUAAUACUCCUCUUGGAGGCCCUUCCAACUCUACAAUUCCUGGAAAUUCGAACCAAUGCUCAGCAAAGGCCAGGUAUCAUCUAAACUUCACGUAAACUUUGUGUAAGCAAAUGAGCUGGACUGCUCAAGAAAGCAGUCUCCUGGCUGAGCCCCCGGCCUGUUUUGUUCCUCUUGGAGAAAGGGGGGCAGGAAGGGGAGCGAGAGGCCAGAAUGCCAGGAUUGCUCUGCUCCAGCAAACUACAUCCUGGGCCUGCCAAACACCCCUCAAACUCACCCACCCCGGAGGAACAAAGGAACAUUGCCAGUGGCCUGCCAAGUGUGGGGCAGGUGCCCAGACAGAGAUGCUGGGGGGAGGGGGGGAGAAGGUUGAGAACGCGCUGCAAGCACAGGUGGGGCACAGCAAGCAAAGGGACGACCAUCGUUCAAAGCCGCAGGUGUGACCAACCAGGGCAUUUCGGUUUCUUUUUCUAAUAAUAAUAAUAAUUUAUUAUUUAUACCCCACCCAUCUGGUUGGGUUUCCCCAGCCACUCUGGGCGGCUUCCAACAGAAUAUUAAAAUACAAUAACCUAUUAAACAUUAAAAGGUUCCCUAAACAGGGCUGCCUUCAGAUGUCUUCUAAAAGUCUGGUAGUCUCUCUGACAUCUGGUGGGAGGGCGUUCCACGGGCGGGUGCCACUACCAAGAAGGCCCUCUGCCUGGUUUCCUGUAACUUGGCUUCUCGCAGCAAGGGAACCGCCAGAAGGCCCUCAGCGCUGGACCUCAGUGUCUGGGCUGAACGACGGGAGUGGAGAUGCUCCUUCAGGUAUACUGGGCUGAGGCCAUUUAGGGCUGUAAAGGUCAGCACCAACACUUUGAAUUGUGCUUGGAAACAUACUGGCAGCCAAUGUAGGUCUUUCAAGACCGGUGUUAUAGGGUCUCAGCGGCCGCUCCCAGUUACCAGUCUAGCUGCUGCAUUCUGGAUUAGUUGUAGUUUCCGGAUCGUCUUCAAAGGUAGCCCCACAUAGAGCGCAUUGCAGUAGUCCAAGCGAGAGAUAACUAGAGCAUGCACCAGUCUAGCAAAACAGUCUAAGACAGCCUUAAUAUGCAGAUGCAGGCAGCCUUCCUCAAGAAAGGCAAACGCAGAGUGGCAGUGGUUUGUGAGAGCGGCUCUCUGCACAUGCUCAGAAGGCUGCCCUGCCCUUGCCACACACAGGUCCCCAAGGGCCGGAAAGCCCUGCCACCCCUCCCUAGAGCAUGAUGUGCACUUGAAGUCUUUCCGACACCCACCUGCCCUCCCAAAAUAACACCCCUCUUGUCUUCCUGCCUCUGUGGUUCCUCCCCACUCUGUCUCACCUCAGCAUCUUCUUCUGAGCUCUGAGCCCCAGAAGCUACUUUCACUCCUAACCACACAGCUGUGCAGAUUGCAGCCGCGAUGUGGCCGACAACCUUCCCUGCCGCUCGCUCAAUGCUGUGGGGGCUCUGGAUAGCUGCCCCCUUUGCUAGCACCUUUCUGGCCCCAGACCUGAGCACGGUGAGAACACCUGAAGGGGAGGGCAGAGGUGAGGGUGAAGGGUGGGGGCCCAGGUGGGCAAGGAGGGUGGUGUGCAAGGGAUUUAUUCAAGUACUAUUGCUUGGCAUGCCAUGCCUGCCUGAUUAUCCCUGACAGGGCUCCUGUGCUUUUAAUAGCUGCCUUACAGGCAGACAUUCAACUGGUGAAGCUUAGGAACACAGGAAGCUGCCCUUUACACUGAGUCAGGCUGUUUGUCCAUCUAGCUCAGUGUCGACUACACUGACAGGCAGCAGCUCUCUGGGGUUUCGGAUUGGGGACAUGGUUUGUUCAUUUUGGGAGUCAAAAGCACAGGCGUCAGAAGAAAAGAUGGCUGCCCAAGGGAAUAAAAAAUGAAGUGUCUAGGCCAUGGGUAGGCAAACUAAGGCCCAGGGGCCAGAUCUGGCCCAAUCGCCUUCUAAAUCCGGGAAUCAGCGUGUUUUUACAUGAGUAGAAUGUGUCCUUUUAUUUAAAAUGCAUCUCUGGGUUAUUUGGGGGCAUAGGAAUUCGUUCAUUUCCCCCCAAUAUAGUCUGGCCCCCCACAAGGUCAGAGGGACAGUGGACCGGCCUCCUGCUGAAAAAGUUUGCUGACUUCUGGUCUAGGCCAAAUGGGGUUGCCAGCAAUGGAUAGAACUAAGAUUGUAAAAGAGAAAAAAAUGGAGGGGGGGAUCGUUUGCGAUACUCCCUGGAGGGAUUCAAUUAACCCUCUCUGUGCCUUUUGCUUUUGUCUCAGUCCCAACUGACUCAGAUGUUCCAGGAUUUUAUGAGGCAGUUCAAUAAAACCUACCUGAGCCAAGAAGGUAACAGCAGCAUUGAUUCCCAUUGGGUUAGGGUGUGGGUAAGGGAAUAUGGCAGGAGGGGAGGGGUCCUCUCUGGGGAGAACAAGCCCCACACGUUGAGCACAAGAUUCCUGCAUUGCUGGGGGUUGGACUAGAUGACCCCUGAGGCCCCUUCCAGCACUACAGUUCUUUGAUUCUAUGAGAGCGAUAAUAGAAUUCACAGUCAGUUUCCUGGCUGAGCAGAACCGGGUUCCUCUCUGCAUCCUGGCUUUUCUGCAAGACUUUGAAUAUUGGCUCACCGCCAGCUUGAAAAACUACUUGCAGCUCUUUGGCAGCAAGCAGGAGCCUCUGAGCAUGAGGAGAGUGCUUUCUGAGGCUAGGCUUCUUGGGCUGAGGUUCAAGACAGGAACAAAAGAAUGAUGAUGAUGGGGAAUGUCUCUUCAGAUCGAGGAUGGGGAAACUGUGGCCCUCUUGACCUUGCCGGACUCUGACUCCCAUCAGCCUCCAGGCAGCAUAGCUAAUGGGCCAGCGAGGAUAGGGUCCAGCUACAUCUUCUGAAGAGCCUGACAGGUUCCCCCCACCUGCUCUCUAAUUUGCAUCUCUUGGCUUGCUCCAAAAUGUGGAAUAUGCACAACCUUUGCGCUGUGUUUGGGGGCCUCUUGCUGCUUAUUCUCCUUCUCUGGGGGCACCACUGAUUCUCCUUCCUCCACUGUCUCCUCUUGAUUUCUGACCCCAGAGAUGCAAUAUCGGUUCAAGGUCUUUGUGCAGAACUUAGAAGUCAGCCGGCAGCUGCAGGCUGAGGAGUUAGGGACGGCGCAGUACGGGGUCACCCGCUUCAGUGACUUGACAGGUAAAAGUGUGUGUGUGUGUGAGAGAGAGAGAGAGAGAGAGAGAGAGAGAGAGAAGGCUGGAUGUUGGGUGUUAUUAAAUUAAAGGGCAUCACAGAGAAGAGGCUGGGCUUGCCCAGUGGGCCGCGUUUUUCUUAAUCUUGCCAGGGCCUUGUGACAUUCUCAGGCAGGUAGGAAUUCAACUGGAGAAAAUUGUAGCCAAUAAAGGCUGCACCUGUUGGAUUUCAGUUUGUGGAGGAGCUAAUGCCGGUAAUUUCAGACGAAACGAAACAAAACCAUUGGGUGGUGAAGGGGAGAGGGUCUGUAGCUUUACCUCUGAAUGUUUCAAACUCAACAAGACCUUGACAGCUUCCAGGGCAGGAUUCAGGUAUCAACUGGGGCUCAGGAAGCAGCAGCAGGCCAGGAAAAAUCAUACAAAAUAAUUCAGAACGCUCAAACUCCAGACCACCCAGUGAAGCUGAAGAUUCAGAGCAGACAAAAAAGGAAGUCCUUCCUCACACAGAACCUAGUUAAAACUUUGGAGCUCACUCCCACAAGACGUAGUGGCAUAUCCCACCUGGUCAAAAGCUCUCAAGGAGGGUGUGAAGCAGGGCCAGUGAGUGGUAUUGUUUGGGGAGCAGCCCAAGGGGCAAAUAGAGAAGCCUGGAGGCAGGGCCGGAUUUAGGUUUGAUGAGACCCUAAGCUACUGAAGGGAAUGGGCCCUUUAUAGGUCCAGCUGUCCUUUGUCAACAACAAAUUAUCACCGGUUUUUGUGUUGAAUAUAUGCUCUAUGGUAAUUUAUGGACCUGAUAGGUAUCAAAACCAUUUGCACAUGUUGCCAUGCAACCAGUCCAUGAAGAAUGUAGGCUCCCUAUGUAUAGAGAUGAGCAAACCAGUGAUAUUUUAGGGAGCCUGGUAGCAAGCGGGGCCCAUUACUUACAUCAUAGGAGCCUACACAACACAAAACACUUGCUGUAUGUAGGUUUUAUUUUAUUUGUUUUUUAUCUUGUAUUUUGGAAAUGUACAUCCAGGUUUUUUUCCUUUAAAUUUUUGGGGGGGCCCUAAGAGAGUGAGGCCCUAAGCUAUAGCUUGUUUAGCUUAUAUGUAAACCCAGCACUGCCUGGAGGGCCACAUAUGGGCCUGAGGCCUGAGGUUCCCUGUCCUGGCGUCACACACAUUACAAGACAUGCACAUAUCUGCUUGUGGAGGUGACUGACGGAGCACAACUCCGCCCUUUCUUUUCCUUUCCCCACCACACAGAAAGUGAGUUUGCGAUGAUGUUUGGCAUCCCUCAACCCUCCCAGCUCGGCCUGCCCCCCAGCUUGAGGGACUCGGAUAACUCCCGCCUGGAGAAAUUAACCAAAUCCUGCGACUGGAGGAAAGCUGGCGUCAUCCCAGCCGUAAAAUACCAAGUAAGUAGACAGAAAGGGAUUGUGCAAUGCUUCGGCAUACUCGUCCUGCCCCACAGAGAUGGGGUGGAGGAGGUAUUAAGGCCAGUGUACCCCACACACAGGUGGCAUUGUGGUCUAAACCACAGAGCCUAGGGCUUGCCGAUCAGGUCGGUGGUUCGAAUCCCUGCGACGGGGUGAGCUCCCAUUGCUGGGUCCCUGCUCCUGCCAACCCAACAGUUUGAAAGCACAUCAAUGUGCAAGUAGAUAAAUAGGUAACGCUCCGAUGGGAAGGUAAAUGGCGUUUCCGUGCGCUGCUCUGGUUCGCCAGAAGCGGCUAGUCAUGCUAGCCACAUGACCUGGAACGCCGGCUCCCUUGGCCAGUAAAGUGAGAUGGGCACCGCAACCCCAGAGUCAUCCGCGACUGGACGUAACGGUCAGGGUCCCUUUACCUUUACCUUUUACCCCACACAAGUGAUUCCCCAGUCUCUUCUCUGUCCUGCUUUGCCUGAGCAAUGGGAAGUUCAAGGGGGGCUGUUGUAGGGUUCCCUUUAGAGAAUGGACAGGAGACUUCAAAGCCCUUCCUGAAAGCCUCAAUUUGUUUAAUAAGCUUAUAACAGGGAAUCGAUGCAGCCAAUGGGAGCUUCAAGGCAGAAUCGAAAGCCAUUCUAGAGUCAUCCACACUGAGGGCACAGAGAACCAAGUCUCCCUUGAAUUACGCAAGCGAGGGUUGUGCAGGGCUGUCAAUUUCUGUUUCAGUUUAUCAUUUUUCAACUCCUCAGUUCAGUUCUCUGUACAUCUCUGUUUGCGAUCCCCAAAGUAAAAAUUCAUUAGCAUCCUAGUGCACAUUUCCCCUGACAGGCACAUUUUGGCAUUCAGUUUUGCCACCUGGUACAUACCGGUACAUUUUUUUUUUUUUGCAGGCAAUUUCCCCUAAUACAAUGCAUUUUUAAAAAUGUUUUCAAUAAUAUAUGCAUUCUAACACCCACUUCUCCUACGAUAAUAGACACUUGGUUUGUCUGGAGAGCCGCAGUAGAAAAGUGGGAGGAAAAAAGUGUCGAUUUCAGAGGAUGUCUGCGUUCUGGUUCGCAUAUUGUUUUGGAAAGUGCAAAUCAGGGACGUUUGCACUAGAAUCCAAACUGAAUUUCCUCCCUAUCCUUGACACCACCAGUGCUACAGUGCGCUAAAGCAGUCCAGGAGGGGAUUGAUGGGGAAAUGCACUGAGAAGUGUGGGGUGAACGAGUUAUGGGCAGGAAGACGUGUGAUGAUUGCGCAAGCAAAUCUGGGUGAACGCUCACUGCUAACAAAGCGGAACAAAUGCUCCAUAAAGAACGGACCUAGUCUAACUUCUUACACCAGCUUUGUGCAAGCAAAUCAGGAAGAAUGACUGCUGCAUAAAGAGGCGGUCUUGAGGGCCCCCCAGCAUUCAGCCUGAUAUCUAGCUGAUUCUACCACCCUCAUUGUUUUAUUUUCAUUCUAGAAAAUGCUUUAGUUUUCCAGUAAAUUUUCUGUGUGGGCAACCGGCUGUUUAAAGGCAUCAGAACAAGGCUGGGGGAGUGGGGGGUGGGAAGGGUGUCAGUUUAUGGCUUAUCUCCCAAGUCUAUGUUGGGGUUUUUGAGAACAGAAUUUUGGGGACGGAACAGGGGUGGGGGAGAAGAGGAUGGGAUAUGUCCCAGGUGAACUAUUCCUGCUCCCUACAAUCUCUCUUCCCUUCCCCUCCCAGGGCAGAAAGUGCAGGUCUUGCUGGGCUUUUGCUGCUGUGUCCAACAUUGAGGCCUUAUGGAACAUCCACAGACAUGUGCCAAGGAACCUUUCGGUCCAGGGUAUGUCGGGCAUUGGGAGAGCAGGGCAAGGGGUGGGUGGGUGGCCAGAGACAGGCAAGGCAUGGGAGUAUAUUUUAGGCACAGGAGCUCAUCAUGGUAAUCGCCUUCCCAUAGCCACACAUCCCAAACAUCUCAGUGGGCUGGCUCUUGAGCCGCCCCACCCCAAGCAGGGCACUAUGACAGGUGGGCAGGGCCACCUAUCUGUCAAUCACUGGCAGGGAUGGGCAAAUGUGACAAUUUCACUUUCUCUCGGUUUCUCAUUUUUCCAUUCUCAUGUUCGGUGCUCCACAUCAGUUUGCAGUUUGUUUGUUUUUUUAAAUCACAAGCACUCUGGUAUGGAUUUCCCCUAAUGUAACAUUUUUGAAAGCCAUUUCCCCUAAUAGGCACAUUUUUUGCAAAGCAGCUUCCCCUAACAGAAUGCAUUUGAUUUCCACUAACAUAUGCACUUUCAUUCAUAGCUUACCCCACUCAGUUUAUGCCAAUUUGUAAUAAUAAUAAUAAUUUAUUAUUUAUACCCCGCCCAUCUGGCUGAGUUUCCCCAGGCACUCUGGGCGGCUCCCAAUCAAGUGUUAAAAACAGUACAGUACACUUUACCUGGCCAGAGAACUGCAUUGCAAAAUUUGCAAAAUGUGAAUUUCGAAGGAAAGCUGUUUUUCCAGUUUGUUUGUUGUUUUGGAAAGGGGGAAUUAGUUAGGUUCACCUUUAAAUGCGAAUUGAAUCAAAAGUCUCGCCCAUCCCUAAUCACUGGAUGUCUAAAAAAACCCACAGGUAUCUUGACUUGAGUUCAAGUUACGCUGCAAAGGAAGGUCCCAGCCAAUCCAAGUGGGAAUCUCUUCAGUUGAAUCUGCCAAACUGGCUCCGAGCUGUGUAGUCUGCCCCAUCCUUGCUAGCUGGAAGGUUCUUCUUUUCGCCAAGGCAUGGAGAUUACGUACAUUCCAAAGGCUGGAGACAGAUUUCUAGCUAUCAGGAGACCCUCGCUUGUCAUUCAUUGACUGUUGUCUUUCUUACACGAGUUAAUGGGAGCUACCCGUCCUGAACCCAGACAUCAGCCUAGCAAAUAGCACUUAUGCUGUAAUUUGUGGUUGAAAAAGAAAGGGGGGGAGAGUGCAAACAUUACUGUUCUCCUUUUGUCCUUCCACUGAAACAUUUCCAUGUAGGGUCCAUUUACUGUUCAGCCAUUCAGGAAAUUUUACAAAGCAAGCUUUGGGUCUAAGCACUGGCAGGGACCAUCAAAGGGACGGUUGUGUGUAUGUUGAACCCAAACCACCAGUCCAGUUUGGGAUUCUCCUUAGGGUGGGUUGACUCUUUGUUCUUCCAUUUCAGAGGUACUAGAUUGCACAUACAACAAGACUGGUUGCCUGGGAGGCUAUGUGUGGGAUGGACUCCGGACUGUCUUCAACAGCAGUACGCAAACCUUUUGAAUUCCCACUCUUCUUAUUUAUUUUCUGUAGGAACAACCCUUAUAGCCUGCCUUUCCCCCAUGGAUCUGGGCUAUUAUGUUCCCUGCCAACAUAUUUUACCCUCACAGCAAACCCUGCAAUGCUGUUAGCCAGGUAGAUACAAUCCCAGUUUAAUUCAGAAUUAUUACAGGGCCUUUAAGCAUGAGUCAACAGUGUGAUGCAGCAGUAAAAAAAAGCUAAUGUUACCCUAGGCUGCAUCAACAGAAGUAUAGGGUCCCGAUCCAGGGAAGUCAUAGUCCCGCUCUAUUCUGCCUUGGUCAGACCACACCUGGAAUACUGUGUCCAGUUCUGGGCACCACAAUUUAAGAAAGAUGUUGACAAGCUGGAACGUGUGCAGAGGAGGGCAACCAAGAUGAUCAGGAGUCUUGAAAGCAAGCCUUAUGAGGAACGGUUGAAGGAGCUGGGUAUGUUUAGCCUGGAAAAGAGGAGACUGAGAGGAGAUAGGAUCAAGUAUCUAAAGGGCUGUCAGAUGGAAGAUGGAGCGAGCUUAUUGUCUGCUUCUCCAGAGAGUUGAAUCCCAACCGACUGAUUCAAAACACAAGAAAAGAGAUUCUGACUUAACAUUAGGAAGAACUGUUUGGCAGUGGAACAGAGUACCUUAGAAGGUGAUGGACUGUCCUUCCUUGGAGGUCUUCAAGCAAAGGUUGGACGGUCAUCUGUCAUGGAUGCUUUGGUUGAGAUUCCCGCAUUGCAGGGGGUGGGACUAGAUGACCCUCAGGGUCCCUUCCCACUCUAUGACUUUGAUUCUAGGAAUGUAGGAAGCUGCCUUUCACUGAGUCACACCUGGGGUCCAUGUAGCUCAGGGUGGUCUCUGCUGGCCAGCAGAGGCUCUCCAGGGUUUCAGAUCUGCCCCAACUACGUGGGGAAUAUGGGAACUGAACUUGGGACCUUCUGCGAGUGGGUGCUCUGCUACUGAGCUAGGGCCCUUCCCUAUCUCUGCACUCCUGGCACUUUUGCAUAUUUCACCCCACUCCUUGGAUCUUGUCUUUACUCCCUCCUGCCCCAAGAGACUAGGCAAACUAAAAUUCGGGAAGCUAAUUGGCCUGGCAUUGUAUAAACUGGAGAGGUUGGCUGGGACCUGUGUGUGUGGUGUUUUCCUGCUUAAGUGGGGAAGGGGAGAAGGGGGGUAUGCGCUGCCUUCCCCCAGCCCACUGCUAUUCACCUGCUGUGUCUUCCUUCCUUCCCAGGCGGACUGUCAAACAGCCUUCUGUACCCCUACACCGGCAGAAAUCAGACAUGCCAGAAGCACCAGAAACGAACAGCUACCCACAUCGACGGCUAUGAAUUACUCCCCAGGGAUGAGAAUUGUAAGGAUUUACUAGCCCAUGGCAGAGUAGGAGGUCUGUGGGGGAAGUGGGUGUGAAUUGCAACUUCGCACAGUAAGAAAAGGAUAAGAAGGCAUAAUUUGUUAAUGGAGGUGUUAGAACUGAACCUUUCUGAUUCCAGAGGUGUGGGAAAUUUGCCUCUAGCAAAUACGCAGUAAGGGAAGGAGAAUGCACUCUGCACAUGUUUAGAGGGUGCUCUCCUCUGCUGGUAUUAUCCAUAACUGGGCCUAGGCCCUUAGGAGCUUGACUCAGUAUAAUGAAUGAACAUGUAGCAGGAGGAAAGGGUUGUGUUCUGGGACAAGGAAGAAGCAUCAUUUAGGUUAAAGCAAAGGUAAACCUUUUUCCGCUGAGGGCCACAUUCCCUCAGGGGGAAUCUGUUGAGGGCCACAUGCUGGUGGUGGGCAGUACCAGGGGCAAAAAUGGGCAAAAUUGCAUAUCACUCACAUAUGAUGCAGUAGACUAGAGGAAGUGAUUUCCAGAAGGGUGAUCCAGAGAACAAGAGGAUCAUAUGGAAGAGGUUGAAACUCUUUUCUUUUAAGAGAUUUGGGCUGACUUUGCCUGGCCAUCGCCUGCUCUUUGGCCAGAGGCUUUGUCUUUAGUUGCCACACUGAGGAGCCAAAUAGCAUUCCGCGUUCCAGGAGCAAGCUUCUGAGCAGCGCAGAAAACUUUGUCAGGCGGGCCAAAAAAUCACAAUCCAAUCGAUCGAGGGAUGAAGUUAUAGCUCCAGGUUUACUGACCCAGUAAAACUGUCGGUUCUCAAAACAACAGAGUGGAAAGUUUUAUUGGGUCAAUGCUAACUGGGCAGGUGAUAGAUUUUCUCAUUCCCUCCUUCCUGGUUUUGCUCUAGAAUGGGUAGACCUGUAAAAUGUUGUGUCACUUGAAAGCAGUUUGAACAUUGGUCAGGCUGCAGCGAUUCACCUAACCUCUGACAAGGCCCUAAGCCAAUGGAGGCUAGUUGUGGGUGGGGGGUGUGUGUGUAAGGGGCUACUCAUUAGAAAAGUCGCUCUGGACAUUCUCAGAGGCCUUCCUCAUAAUUCCUCAUGUUCUAAGACUGAACUUGGACACUAGAAUAUAUAUUUGGAGAAAGAGGUUAUUGGGUUGUUUUUGGUUUUAUUUUUAUUUUUAUUUUUAUUACGAUUAUAUUUAUAUUGUGAUUUUAUGUUGUAAUUGGCCUGAGACCUAUGGGUACAGGGUGGUAUACAAAUUUUAAUUUUAAUAAUAAUAAUAAUAAUAAUAAUAAUAAUAAUAAUAAUAGUCUAGUUUGCUAUAAAAGCUAGGGUUCGCCUAUCUUCUCCUCACCCCAGUGCUAACUCUUGGCUUCCCCUCCCCGCUGCAUUUCUCAGAUAUCGCUAGAAUCGUUGCUUCCCAGGGGCCUGUAACUGCCCUCCUUAACCAGGCUCGCCUUCAGGUAGGUGCCCAACAGAGUGGAAGAGAAAUCCCAUCUCACCCACCAACUUACCCAACUUGUUUGCUCAUGCCCUCUCCAGCGGCGUCUGGUGCCCCUUGCUGCUGGUAGGACAGGAGGCAGGGAGGCGAACACUAGGUGGCGCCAGAGCCCCUGACAGGCAGAGCCAACUCAUUCUGGUUCGUCUAUGCUACAUCCUCCUCCCAGCUGAGUUUUCCAAGGGGAAACACUGUGACUAAGGAGGAAGCGGACAGGCAGGCUAGUUCAAAGUAAGAAAGCAGGAGGGUGGGGCAGUGGCGGGCUUUGGGCUCUCAAAUGUCGGUGGUGCCCUGUGUGGCUGAACCAGUCGCACUACCCUAAAAACACCUGGGUUGGAGGCAGGCUGCGGGCAAACUGAGGUUGAUGGAACGGCAUCGCAUUCACACGAAUGGCCGCCUUGCUUUCUGCCGAUUUAGACCUGCUCUUUCCCCCUUUCUGCUAGAAUUACCAGAAGGGCAUCAUCCGAUCCCCUUCCCAGUCCUGCAACCCGAAGCUACUAGAUCAUGCUGCGCUCAUUGUGGGCUACGAUGAAGGUGAGUAAAGGGCUUCACUCUCUUGUCUGUGCAGGGCAAUUAUUAGACUCCAGGUCUAUAGCUGCUGUUCUGUAAAAUCCUCCUCUCCUCUUGCACUCAUUGUCUCCGGACUGUACCAUUUUAGAUUGCAGGUGAUGGCUGCCAUGACGGAAUGCUCCACUCCCAUUUUGGCCAGGGGGGGACGGACCCUGAAGAUAUCCUGACAUGUUAGCUUUCUAUGUGCAGGGAUUUUUUUUUUUCAUGGAGGAUCCUAGAAUUGGAAGGGACCCUGAGGAAUCUCAACUAGAUCAUCCAUGGCAAACGGCCAUCCAACCUCUGCUUAAAAACCUCCAAGGAAGGACAGUCAACCACCUUCCAAGGUAGUCUGUUCCACUGUCAAACAGUUCUUCCUAAUGUUUAGUCAGAAUCUUCUUUUUUUGUAACUUGAACCAUUGGCUCAGGUCCUACCCUCUGGAGCCAGAGAAAAACCAGCUUGCUCCAGCAUGGAGCUCCCGUGUUGAGUCUGCCUACAUGAGACAAUACUGACCAAAAGCCUAUCUGGUCAACUCCUCCCUGUCCUUCAGGAAAUGUGUCAAUUAUUUCCAGUUUUUUGAAGUCUUUUGGCUGGGUAGCUGCUGCUGUUUUUACUGCCAGAUGGACUGAAUAGGACAGCUGUUCCCAGACUUUGUCCCUCACAGACCGCUUAAAAAUGGCUGGUGGUCUUGGUAGACCAGGCAUCCCCAACCUGCGGCCCUCCAGAUGUUUUGGCCUACAACUCCCAUGAUCCCUAGCUAACAGGACCAGUGGUCAGGGAUGAUGGGAACUGUAGUCCGAGGGCCGAAGGUUGGGGAUGCCUGUGGUAGACCAUUUUGUGAUCCCCCCCCACCCCCCUGUCACAGGAACUGUAAUGGAGCAUACUAGAUGCUGUAGGAAAGCUGUCUUCAUCUGCAGCUGGAAAGGGCUGUGUGGUCAGGGUGCAAUUUGACUGCCUUAGUGAGAAGAAGACCAGAGUGGAUUUUUUAUCCCUCUCCUGUAAUACUAUUAAAAUAAUUGGGUUUAUAUUUUAUUUUAAGGAAGUAUUUCUAAACCACCCCCUCAUAAACUAUCAAUACUGAUAUGGUACUUUGGGGAAUUUGGAAUGCUUCAGGUGCAUUGUAUUGUUUGUAAUCCUGACACUUGUUUAUUUGUUGCUAUUCAUAUUCAUUUAUAAAAUCAGAGCUGUCUACAAACAACGGUACAUAAAAUGUACAGUGAAAACCGUAUGAAAAGUUAAACUUAGAAAUUGGGUGGGUGACCAAAUUGGUCAGUGGUCUGGAAACCAAGCCCCAUGAGGAAAGGUUGAGGGAGUUGGGUAUAUUUAGCCUGGAAAAGAAGAGUUUGAGAGGAGAUAUGAUAGCCACCGUCAAAUAACUGAAGGAUUGUCACAUGGGAAAUGGAGCAAGCAGCAAGCUUGUUUUCUCCUGCUCUGGAGGGUAGGAUUCAAGUUACAAGAAAGGCUAUUCCUACUAUGAUUCUAUGACUUAACAUCAGGAAGAACUUUGAUGGUAAGAGCUGUUCGACAGUGGAACGGGCUCUUAUGAUACAUUGAGGACUCUCCAUCCCAGGAGCUGACAGCUUCUCAGUCUCAUGGCGUAGUAAACAACUUUUUCCCAAGCAUCAGCGGUUGAUCCCCUGCUCACUGCUAUCUCCAGAGUGAAUUCAGUAGCCAAGAUUUAUGUAUUGGCUAUCAGCAGUCACCACUUAAUUAUCUCUGUUGGCAAGGUGCCGACAGAAGACGCUCAGUCCGCCAUGUUCCUCCCCCAGAAGUAUAAAGCAAUACUUAGCUUCCAUUCUCCACUUCUGUGCAGUCAAAUCUCGACGUGGAUCCUGGGUUGGACCAUAUUGGAUCAUCCAGAAUUCGUGGGGAGAGCGCUGGGGAGAAAAGGUGGGCUGAUCUCCACUUCUUUGGCCAUUGGGGAGUUUUGGUGGAGUGGGGCAGGAAGCAUAGGAACUGGGCAGGGGUGCUGUGUGCCUGGCGUGAGAGAAUCAGAUGGGGUGGGUGAAACCCAUCGACAUCCUUGUUAAGCUGGGGGGGAGGGCGUGCUUCCACCUCAGGACUUACAAGGGUUGUCUUUUGACUACCAAUGGACCAGAACUGGCUAUAAGGCUUGGGACUCGGACAGGGGGCGGUGGAUGAGAGUGGGCUUUAGGAAGCUGCCUAGCCUAGUAUUUGAUUGUGCCUCUCUCAGGAUCUCAGGCAGAGUGGGGUCUUUCAUAUCAGCUUUUAACUGGAGGUGCUGGGGAAUGAACUUGGGACUUCCCUGUGCUUCAUCACAGGAGAGUGCUGGUCAGUAAUCACACAGUUCAAAGGUGGAGUUAACUCUUUAUUAGCAAAAGCACAACCUCCACAUAUUUGGUUGAGUGUCAGGUCUAAGGAGCAGAGCAGCUCCUACCUGGUGAAUCUCCUCCAUGAAAAUCAGUUGCUGAGACUGAAAGCCUCCUCACCAGGGCUUUCCCCCAGCAAUCAGAGACUGUGCCUGCAUGCAACCAACCUCACCUCCCCCCUUUUCAUGCCUCUUCUGGUUCUGGGAGAUGGGGGUAGCGGAGCUUGUUACAGCAAGAGGGAGAGACAUCCUGGCUGACUCCUUUCUGCCUUUUGGCUUCCCUCCUCUCCUACUUCAGCUUCUGCCUCUGAUUCUAGUCUUCUCUCUGCCACAGAGUCUCCCUGCUCACUAACGCCUGUUGCCUCUUCAGCUUCCGACCCCUCCUCUUCCCCGUCUUCUCCCUCUGACCACUCAUCGCCAUCCCACCGCCACUCCCCGGGCUCUGAGCCUUCUCCCCUUGGGGGUUCCCCAGCUGAUUCCUGCCACCAUUCCUCUGCAUCCAACCAGUCCAUGACACACAGUCUCUCCCAGGCACACAGGUAGUUAGUUGCCUUAUAGCAACUCAGGCUAGUCUGUCUAGCUCAUGAUUAUCUAAUCUGAUGGACAACAGGACCCCUCCUCUCCUGCUUCCUGAUCCUCUGAAGUGGAGAUAGAAACUGGGACCUUCUGCUUGGAAGCAGGUGUUCUACCACAGAGCUGGCGCCUCUCCCAAACUUAUUUUUCAGGGGAGAGGUUGAGCACACACAUGGUGUGCAAAAGGGCUCAGCUUCAAUUCCCGGCAUCUCUAGUUAAGAACAAGGAGGUCAGAGAACAGAUCAUUGGAAAGACAAUUUCUCCAGCAAGCCAGUCAGGGUAGACGGAGGUCACUAAACUUUUGGUGGGUGUAUGGGGAAUUUUGAGUAAGUGCUCUGGGUGUUGAUUACAAAAUGGCUGCUGUGGGGUAUGGAGUAUAACACAAAAUGGCCGCCGUGGAGGGUGGGGGUUUGGCAUAACACCAAAUGGCCACUGUGGCGCGUGAGUCAUAAUAGAAAAUGGCUGUUGCUUCCGAAAGAUCAGGAACAGUGACAGGACCACAAAAUUGUGUGGGCUUCAAGGGGGGAGAAAAACCACCUACAUCAGCCAUGGCUACAUUUGCUUGCAGAGAGAAGCUCUUUGUGUCUUUCCUCUGUUCAGAACGGAAGGGAAGGUGUCUGGCUCUGGCAUCAAAUGAAAUGUGGGCUGGUUUGAAGGGUGUGUGUUAACGGUAGGAGAGGCCGAACCAUUGAGAAGAGAAACUGAGCAGGAAGAGCUCCCUUGAGCAUCACUUUGCUGACCUCUGGAGGAGACAAUAUUGGGCUAGAUCAAGGACCCUGCGGCCCCCCAGCUGUCGUGCUUGGACUGACACGCCUGCCAGGCGCCGAGCGCAGGGCUUUGGCCUGGAGCUCUGCCAGAGCCGUGACACUUUUGACCCCAUUCUCUUCCCACCUAGGGCUACUUCCGGCUGCACCGUGGCACCAAUACUUGCGGCAUUGCCAUGUUCGCGGCAACAGCGCUUGUCCGGGAUUCCGAGGGAAAGAAGCCUGUGGUUUGCCGUCCUUGAUGGCGCAACUGCAUUCAUGAUCUGGAGUCCAACAUCAUCUGGAAGCGACCGCAUGGGCUGACUCCUACAGCGCAUCACCUCUUUUUGGCUCGAAUCAGGCCUGCCAUUGUUGCUUCUCCCUUGCACAGCUUCUAAUGCCACAAGCUGUCGUACCCCAGCCAUAUUUUUCUACAGCAUUAUGUCACUGAACGGUGCAGACCCCCAAUUUUGUUGUUGUGGACUGCAUGCCAGCAAUGGGGCAGGGCUGAAGCCAGCAGUGGGGGAACUCUAUUUCUGGGGGCCCUUGUUGCGCAACCAGCAACGAGGUCUAGGUAACCACUGUUUUCUUCUUCUUCUAAUUUUUUAUUAGUUUUACAUAAAAGUUUUACACCAUAAACAUAACAUUUUCACACAUUAAAAAAAGGGUUCUUUCAAACCUUGAGACCUCCAUCCUUCCCCUCAUGGGUUCCAAUUCUAUUCCUGCAUCUCCUACUGUAAUCCAUCUUUUAUAUAAUCAUAGUAUCCAAAAUCCAUGUUACAUUACAAGUGUUAUUGUAUUCCUGCCAAUGAUUUCAGCUGUUUACAGUGAUCUCUCAGAUAGGUGAGGAAGUUAUUCCAGUCUUUUAAAAAUACUUGGUCUUCCUGAUUUCUGGCCUUUCCCAUCAGUCUUGCCAUUUCUGCAUAUUUCAUCAGCUUGAUCUGCCACUCUUCUCUGGGCGGUACUUCUUCUUUCUAUCUCUGGGCAAGAAGCAUCCUUGCUGUUAUCUUCUUCAAUGACAGAUCAGCACAUUUUAAAUAUAAACAAAAUUUGCUACUACAUCUCAGAUUUUGAUUAAAAUUCUUGUACUGGAUUAUCUCACCUAUCAAAAUCACUGGUGUGAAUAAAAAAAUUGCUAUGCCUU